AUGUCUUCCAGCGGCUUCAGGUCCCACUCUCUCUCCCGCAGCAGUGCCUCUCCAGCGGGCUACUACAAAAGAUCGGGCCGGUCAUCUUCCUUUUCACCGGUGCAUUUCGACAGCGUGGAUUUCUCUCAAACGGCUGUGUUAAACAACGAGUUUAAAAUCGUCCGAACCAAUGAAAAGGAACAACUGCAGGGUCUCAAUGACCGUUUCGCGAUGUUUAUCGAGAAGGUGCGCAAUCUGGAGCAGCACAAUCAAGUGCUGGAGACCGAACUCGUGAGUCUGCGCCAGAGGCAGAACGAGCCGUCCAGACUCGCUGGCCUCUGUCAGCAAGAGAUCCGGGAUCUGCGAGCCCAGGUGGACGAGUUGAACAAUGAAAAAUCUCACAUUCUCAUUGAACGAGAUAAUAUCGACGAAGACUCGCAGAAACUCCGAGGCAAGUUUGAGGAUGAGAUCCGAGCGCGCGAGGAGGCAGAGCAGACGCUCAGAUCCUACAAGAAAGAUAAUCCCAUUAACCAGGAAACAAUUGGGCAGCUGGACCUUGAUCUUAGAAAUACUAAGAGUGAAAUGGCCCGUCACCUCCGGGAGUAUCAGGAUCUUCUGAACGUCAAGAUGGCAUUAGACAUUGAAAUUGCAGCAUACAGAAAGCUAUUGGAGGGUGAAGAAACCCACUUCAGUUCUGGGGUGACUUUCUCCAGCACACCCAGCAUCACUUAUGGGUAUCAGAGCCGCUCCGCUUUCACCUCUACCCGCAAUCCUAAAAAAGAGAAAGAAGAAGAGGGACAUGGCAAAUCCAAGGCAGGAGCCAAGCGGGAGGAGAACCCGGAGGAAACCGCUGUGAUUAAGAAGGCAGAAAAGAGCGAUACUGUUGAUGUUAACUCUAUCUAGAAUGUUACGGUUAUUAAACCUAUACUUCUCCAGCUAUUGUUUGGCACAGUAAUCACUGCUAGCUAAAAACUGCCACUUGUUGUUUAUAGUAAUUGGUAACACGUUUAAUAUAUUGCAAUGGUGAUAUAAUGUUUCAAAUACCAUAUCUACAAUAUACUGGUUUAAUACUCCGGAACUUAGGCCUCAGAUAUGUCGUUUCUUAAUUGUAGAUUCAGAGAGUAUUUUUGUCCUGUUAAUGGUGUUAGGAGUAUAAAUAUGAACUUCAAUAUUAAGGGAUGACUAAGAUAUAGCCAGCAUUACCACUGAUCCAACGAUUAUGGAUAAAUGUACAAUUAUUUAUGAAAGGUUUGUUGGAAAGCACUAUAUUACGAAUAAGGGACCAAACCACUUAACUGUUACACAUGUAUAUGCCUUAAACACAAUAAAGUCAAUAAUUGAAA